UUCGCACGUGUCUGAAAUCCACACCGGUUCGCGCUAAUCCCUAGCGCGCCUUUCUUCUUCCUCCACCGGUAGAGAGCUGGAGCAUCCACAUCCGACCCAAAAUCAUCGGAAGUUACAGUAUGUUCGGGUCCGGAUCCUACUCCGACGUGUACAGAGCCCUCCGAAUCUUCGUCAACCUUACCGUGAGGUCCGCGGCUACCAGUCGGCGUUACGAGAAAUCGAAGCCCUCCGCCGCCUUUGAUGGGUUGAUGAAUCCAAAUGGCUUCUCGAAUUGUAUGCAUUUUUAUCAAAGGUGUAACGGAGAAUAGUGAGAGAAAGAUUGCUCAUUGCCAAAUCAUAGAGAAACUACUUAGUCUACAAUUCUUCUUAUGGAAUCAUUUAACAUCGUACUUUGAAGACAUCAACGCCUUGCUUCUUUCAAUGUUAAACCACCUUCACCAUGCAUUAAGGCAGUUUCACCUGGCUCUGCUACUCUCAUGCCGCAAAUAUAAUUACAAACCAAAUCCCACCCAAACCUUGUAUCUCUCUACCACCACAACGCCUUGUACACAUGCCUCACCAACUUACCCUCGUUUUGAUCUCCUCACGCUCAGCUCCAAUGUCCAAACCCUUUGCCAAACCAAGCAAGUUCACGCCUCUGCUCUUCUCAAUGGAGUACUGCCCCACAGUGUCUCUCUAUGUGCCUCCCUCAUGCUCAGAUACGCCACUUUCAGAUCCCCAGAAACCUUUCACCAUCUCUUCCAACAAACCGUCCAGCAUUGUCACACUGCUUUCUUGUGGAACACCCUCAUACGGGCUUGCUUCAUUGCUCAAGUUAAUGAUAAUUUUCAGACUUAUAAUCAAAUGGUUCGGAGCGGUGUUGGACCCGAUGACUAUACUUUUCCUUUUGUUCUCAAGGCAUGUGCAGACCUUUUAGAGGUAAAAAAAGGGAUGGAGGUUCAUGGGGUUGUUUUUAAAGUGGGAUUUGAUUACGAUGUUUUCGUUGGAAAUACCCUUAUGUUGUUUUAUGGUAAUUGUGGGGAUCUGAGAGAUACAAAGAGGAUAUUUAAUGAAAUGCGUGAAAGGGAUGUUGUCUCAUGGAAUACAAUUAUUGGGGUGCUUCCGGUCAAUGAGUGCUACAUGGAGGCACUUGAUUAUUAUAGAGAGAUGAAUUCGGCAAUUGGGUUUAAGCCAAAUGUUGUUACUGUUAUCAGUGUGCUGCCAGUUUGUGCAGAGCUCAAAGAUGAGUUGAUGGCGAGCCAGAUUCACAGCUAUGUUGUGAAAGUUGGUUUGGACCUUUUGGUGACUACUGGAAAUGCAUUGGUUGACGUGUAUGGGAAAUGUGGGAAUGUGAAGGCUUCAAAACAAAUUUUUGAUGAGAUAAUUCAGAAGAAUGAGGUUUCUUGGAAUGCAUCUAUUACCAGUCUCUCUUGCAUGGGGCAUAAUUUGGAAGCCUUAAAUACAUUUAGGUUGAUGAUUGAUGUAGGGGUUAAACCAAACUCUGUCACCAUUUCUAGCAUGCUACCAGUGUUAGUUGAACUAGAAUUCUUCGGAGUUGGCAAAGAACUCCACUGGUUCAGUGUCAGAACAGGUAUUGAAACAGAUAUCUUCAUUGCCAACUCAUUAAUUGAUAUGUAUGCAAAAUCAGGCCGUCCAAAUGAGGCAUCGAAUGUGUUCCAAGAGAUGGAUAAAAGGAAUAUUGUUUCUUGGAAUGCUAUGAUUGCUAAUUUUUCUCAAAACAGGCUUGAGUUGGAAGCCUUUGGACUUGUGAAGCAAAUGCAAGCUCAUGAUGAAAUUCCCAACUCUGUAACCUUCACGAAUCUUCUUCCAGCUUGUGCUCGUUUGGGUUCCCGCCGUCUUGGAAAAGAAAUCCAUGCAAUGGCAGUUCGCAUGGGAUCUGCCUCAGAUUUGUUUGUCUCUAAUGCUUUGACAGACAUGUACGCAAAGUGUGGCUGUCUAAGUCUUGCUCGAAAUGUGUUUAACAUCUCCGUCAGAGAUGAGAUUUCUUAUAAUAUACUUAUAGUAGGUUAUUCUCAAACUACUGAUUGCUCAGAAUCUCUGAGUUUGUUUUCUGAAAUGAAGCUUAAGGGAAUGAUGCAUGACGUUGUUUCCUUUAUGGGAGUUAUAUCAGCUUGCGCAAAUCUAACUGCAAUCAAGCAGGGCAAAGAGAUUCAUGGAUUUUUAGUAAGAAAGAUUUCUGAUACUCAUCUCUUUGUUGCUAACUCGCUUUUGGAUUUUUAUACCAAAUGUGGGCGAAUUGAUCUUGCUGCUAAGGUAUUCGACUGCAUGCCAAAAAAGGAUGUAGCUUCAUGGAAUACAAUGAUUUUGGGAUAUGGAAUGCUAGGUGAGCUUAACAUUGCAAUCCGUCUUUUUGAAAAAAUGAGGGAAGAAGGUGUAGAAUACGAUUCAGUUUCAUACAUUGCAGUUUUGUCAUCUUGUAGCCAUGGAGGGCUAGUUGAGAAAGGAAAAAAAUACUUUGAGGAGAUGCGCACACAAAAUAUUGAGCCAACAGAAAAGCACUAUGCUUGCAUGGUUGACCUCCUUGGGCGAGCUGGCCUUAUGGAAGAAGCAGCAGAACUUAUUAAAGGCAUGCCAAUUGUACCCGAUGCCAACAUUUGGGGUGCUUUGCUUGGGGCAUGCCGAAUCCAUGGGGAUUUAGAGUUGGCGAGUUGGGCAGCAGAGCAUCUGUUUGAGUUGAAGCCUGAUCAUUCUGGGUACUAUAUACUUCUUUCAAACAUGUAUGCAGAAGCUGGGAGAUGGGAAGAGGUAAACAGGGUGAGGGAACUGAUGAAAUCAAGGAAAGUGAAGAAGGACUGUGCUAUCAGUUGGCUUCAGGUUCAGGACCAGGCGCAUGCUUUCAUAGUUGGAGAUGAUGCAAUGGAGACAUUAAAUUCAGAUAGUUGGCUACCAGAGUCUUGGUAUGUUUUGACCCAGCAGAAGUAAGAAAAGAGAAUGAGUGGUAAGCCAUGAGAAGGAGAUGUAGACAGAAGCAUAAGCUGAAGUAGUUGAUCAAAGCAAUUCUUUGCCUCCAGAAAAAAAUGAGAAGAUGGGAGAGGAUUUGAGAAAGCAAAUAUGUGCCACAGCUUAUAUCGAUGCAGCUCUGAGACUUAGCAGGUAUAUAACUUAGAAGAAUUUUAAAUUUAGAAAGCAAUUAACUUAGAAGAACAUAAAAUUUAGAAAGCAAUUCUUUGCCUUCAUACAUUGGCUUGAAUAAAUUAGAAAUAUGUGCCUUAGUUUUGUCUCUCCCUCUUCAGAACUGGUAAUGACUGAUAGUAAAUUUAAUCUUACCCAGGAGACUUGUUCCCCCCACCUCUUCUUUUACAUGGUAUAACAAUGUGUUUCAAUUUGAUGCCAGUGCGCAUCUGUCACCCGCCCAAUUCAUGAAAAGAAAUUUGAUUAUUUCUUGGUUAGGUUUUUGUUCCACUCAUUUGUUUAUCUUAAAGAUCUUUCUUUUUC